AUGAGUAACAACGACGCUGUUUCUGGUGCUCUUUUUCAACAUUUGUUCCGUGUUUUCUCUCUUUUUGCGGAUCAAAACGAGAAAGGAACAUUCAAACCAGCCCAAGCAGAAUUUCUAAUCGAUGAACUUCUUCGAGAACUACGCCGUCAAACUACUCCAAAAGUGCAUAUUCUGCCAGAUAAUGUCACUUUUAAUGAGUUUCUCAAUCUUCUUCAAGUCAUUUUUCCUGAUCGAGAAGAUCUUCAAAUUGCCACUGAUCGAGUAUUCGAACGUUAUGUGAAUCAUGUCAUCGGAAAGGGAUUCGUUCUAUUCCGAAAAUUGACUCAAAAACGUCGUGGAUGCCUUCCAAUCAGAAAACGAGUGAGUGAUGCAUGGCAGUUUGGAUGGCUUCAAGUUAUGCCCGGAAUCGCAAAAAUUCGAAAACAAAACACAGAUAUUGAUGAUAUCGUUCAGUUUGAUGAGGACACUGUGAUUGAGACACCCGUUAUCGACGGAGAUUCUUCGAUUUGGUCCGUUAUUUGUAGCUCAUCUACAACAUUUCAAUUCUCUCAUCUUGAUCCAAUUAUGGCACAACUUUUCGUGAAAGAUAUGCGAACCGCCCGAGAUUAUCCAACGAGAGAAGAAUUGGCAAGAUUCGAUUGUAAAAGGUCAUUAAAAGUUCGUCCAAAUAAAGAAGGAAAAAUAAGAAUAGAGUUAGAAAAGGAGAGAAGUCGUCUCGAAAGCGAAUUAGAGGAAGAAAAGAAAAAUAGAAAAGAUGAAGAAAUUGUCAGAGGAUUGACUACACGACUUUUGAAACAAGAAAUGGAGAAAUCGGAGCAAAUGCAACAAGUUAUUUAUGAACUUCGUUCAAAACUGGUGAACGGAGAAGAGGGAGAAAGUUUAGGAGAUGGAAACGAUAAUGAUGUUGAGAUGAUUGAAGAUGAAAUAUCAGAAGAUGUUGGAGAAAAUGAAGAAAUUUCAAUCACUUUACCGUCGAGAGAAGAGAAAAUUCAACAAUAUGCAUAUCAUUUGUAUGCAACUCAAGCAGAGGAACAUGUUACUUCGGAUGACGAAGAGAUUUGGAAACAGAAUUAUAAUUUGAUUGUUUCAACUCAAUCUGUUUGA